UUUUCUUUGCCUCUCACUGGGUUCCUCUUUUACUAUUUCUUUUCCAAUCCGUUCCUUUUCUAUCGUGCCAUUGCCUGUCGGCCAAUUCCCGUUGCGUCCGGCGUCCUAUUCUUGGAUCGCGUGUUUUUUCCUGGAUAGAGGGGAUAGAGAAAAUUCACUUUGUUGAGCUUUGACGUCUAGUAUUGCGCGAUAAUGAUAUUGCCUUGAUCGCUACGCUCCGAUUGCCCACAACAAAGACGAUACAGCUGUUGACGAUCUCAACCUGGUUUCAACACCGCUUCAUCGCGAAUCUCAAAUUCCCAGACGAUCCGGCCCCACGUCAGCACCGAUCUCACAAAUCCCUGCUCUCUUGCCGAUAAGAGCAGAAGCAGAAUCACCAUGGCCAGCUUCGCUCUCGCUCCCAUUCUGCUACUUGCAGGCCUCGCCAGCGCCUCAUCUUCCGACAAGCGGGGUCUCGUCUUCACGCCUAAUCCCAAUUUCCCUGGUGACAACCAGAUUUGGGUUCAGAAUGGCAGUGAUCUCACAUGGUACUACAACUACCAGUCGCAGCCGUCGCCAGCUUAUGCCUCAAUUUCGCAGCAGCAGUUUGAGUUCGUGCCCAUGAUGUGGGGAGUCACGGAUAACCUCAACGACACGACAUUUUUGACCCAGGUCAAAGCUCUCAUCGACCAGGGCACCAAUAUCACGCACGUGCUAGGCUUCAACGAGCCAGACGGCUCAACCAGCAACGGCGGGAGUGACAUUGAGCCCAGGGAUGCUGCUCAAGCCUGGGUCCUUAAUUUCGAGCCUCUGGGCAAGAUGGGCAUCAAGCUUGGGUUGCCAGCGACUACCGGCGGACCCGAUGGCUUGCCAUGGCUGAAGCAGUUUCUGGCGAAUUGCUCCGACAUUGUGAGCACGGGGAGUCAAAAGAAGAACUGCACAUGGGAUUUUGUGCCUGUGCAUUGGUACGACAACUUUGCUGGUUUGGCGUCGCUUAUCGGAGAGCGAAGGGCAACAUGGCCCGAUGCCGACAUCUGGGUGACGGAAUACGCAUUUGCGAACCAAGAUCUAGAGACGACGCAAGAGUUCUUCAACCAGACACUCGAUUACUUUGACAAACUGGAUUACAUUGCCCGGUACACUUAUUUUGGCGCCUUUCGCUCAAAGACGUCCAACGUUGGCCCCAAUGCGUCAUUUCUGAACAAUGGAGGCCGGCUGACUGAUAUUGGGUCCUGGUACCUUGGCUUUGGCGCGACGAAUGUCAAACCUACAAGUACGAAUGCCGCGUCGUCGACGGGCAUCAUGUCCAGUUGGAUUAUCGGAGGAGUCGGAUUGAUGGCCGUAUACAUGACCCGAUUGAUGUAGACGGCGGCUAUUGGACGAUUGGAAACGAUUGUAAUGAUACGUAAACGAAAAUGGUAUGGUAUCCUGUGGAGUUUCUGUGACAUUUAAAUGGUAAUUUAGAGCUCUGUUGAAUUGCAUUGGAUAAGAAGCAUUAGCGCGGUAAUGUACAUAAAGAAGGAUUGUAUUUCUACCUGAAAUUGAGCAAAAGCAAAAGCGUACUGU